AUGGACCAGCUUCAUCUUACUCACUCCUUGGCCGACGCUUUCAACGCUCUCGCUGACGAGGUCCAGAUCCUGGCUGAUAGGAAGACUGUCCUAGAGCACAAGUUACGCUUUGCCCAUGAACAGUUUCAGUAUUUGGCGGACAGAUAUGCCGCUGGAACGCCAGAGAUAGCGGAAACGCUGGCCAAACUGCAGCUUCCACCACACACUUCUGUCGACGACACCUCUCCUGUUCCUCUUCCACAGCGACGUUCUACCCCCCAACCCCUGCACCAGAUUGCUGUCAUCAUCCGCGACGGACGCCGAAUGGCCAGCAAACUCGUUUCACUGAGUUCCUCGAGCAAGACGACUGGCUCGAGCAGAGGUACACUCUCCCACACUUCAGAAGACGAGACCUCCAUGUCCACCGCCCUGGAGCAGGACUUCACGGUCGAAGGGAAAAAGGGCAACCUGCAAUGCCCCUUUUCCAAACGGGUGUCGUCGGCCAGCGGCACAAAUGAUGGCGAGAGCCGGCUGAGCGUCGCCCAUACGCCUCACACUUCUGCCGACCCCAUCUGUGCCGCCAUGCUCGAGGAGGCCACCUCACAGCCUGCCCCGAAUGGCGCCACCUCGUCCAAAUGCCCGAUACGAUUUAUGGACAAGCAUUCUCCCGAAGAAAUCGCACGCUAUGUGGAGACUCACAAGCAUGAGCUACCGCGCAGUCACGAGGUCUGCUUGCGUCGAUAUCAACGCAACGAAACGCAGAUCAAAAAGCUGGACUCCAAGUAUGGCAGCAUUGUGAGCAUGAUUGAGGGUCUUAGCCAGCUACAUCAACCGAUGCUCCCCGAGUCGGAGGAGCAGUUGCAACCACAAGGCGCCGGAGAUGGAGAUUCCAACGUCCGGGUCGAGACCUGGGCGCAGGCUGUGAGCGGUACUGCCGAGUCCGAUGCCAACGAGAAACUGCCCCCACCCGAUGAAGAUCGUCAGAGCCACUUUGAUCGGCCCCUAAAAGAAGUUCGCGUUGGAGAGUCUCCCAGCCGGCCAUGGGGCAUCUCGGUGCCUGUCUAUGAGCUCUCGUGCCACGAGGAUAAACAUCCUCUUUCGCCGCCGCCAGCACCUGUGAGGAUGUCAACCACUGUUCAUGGCCAUGUGCCGGCUGCUGCGAAUGGAGCGGGCAAAUGUCCCUUUGAUCAUGCAAAAUUUUCUACCGGUUUUGCUGGACCACCGCCGUCUACCCCAAAGCCCGAAAAAAACUCUGUCGAACCGGGCCAAGGUCUCGGGCUUGGGGACACCCCGUUCACCAACUUGAAAGAGGUGCCGCCCACCACCGCAGAGCCUCCACCUCAACCAGCCUUUAUAAACCCAGCAUCUGCGCAUGCUGAGGGCGGUGGGGGACCGCAGAUGGUCUUCACCGGGCCAGUUUUCAUUGGAUAUCCCAUGGAACAGGCCAUCGAAUUUAUGACUCGCUAUCGAGGACCUCAGUAA